AUGACUCCAAAUUCAAGAGUUGUGAAAGCAUCAAAUGCCAUGAGAAAUUUGGGUGUUAGCGAGGAGAAAAUAAUGUUUGUGUUGGAAAAACUUUUGAAAUUAUAUGAUAAAAAUUGGCAACUUAUUGAGGAAGACAACUAUAGAGUACUCGCAGAUGCUAUAUUUGAGCGAGAUGAAACGCCGAAAGACGAUGGACCUAAUGUUAAAAAGUCGUGUCUAAAGAAGGAAGAAAUCGAAGAUGUCUUGUUCUGUACUAAUAAAUUUCCGCGAAACAACCGUGGUUAUAUUAGUAAACGCCAUUUUGGUGCAACUACAUCAUCGACAAUUAGAAACAAAGGAAAACAACCUUCAAUAACACUUGAAGAUAAAAAGACUUCUUCAAAAUUUGUCAACAGUGCUGAGAUUUGUGAAAAAGGAAAUGUUUCACAAAGUAUAGAGAAAAGUCAUGACAUUUCAAAAGGGCAAGAAGCAGUUGUCAUUACACUAGUAAACGAGAUUAAUGAUGAACCUCCUCCAACAUUUCGUUAUAUUUCGAAGAAUGUGAUAUAUGACAAAGCUUAUGUAAAUUUUUCAUUGGCCCGAAUUGAUGUUAAUAGUAAUAGCUGUGCAACUUGUCACGGUAAUUGUGUAUCAUCCUUUCCACCCUGUGAAUGUGCCCGAGAGACUCGUGGUGAUUUUGCAUACAACGUGGAUGGCAUUGUAAAAGAGGACUUCAUAGACCAAUGUAUCUCUAUGAACCGCUUUCCAGAAAAGCACAACAAAUUUUACUGUAAGGGGGACUGUCCGCUUGAAAAAUUGAGAAAUGAUGCAAAUUUGGAAGAUUGUCAAUGUAGAGGACAUUUAAUAAAGAAGUUCAUUAAAGAAUGUUGGUGGAAAUGCGGAUGCAAUAAGCAAUGUGGGAAUCGGGUCGUGCAACGAGGUAUAAAUAUAAAUUUACAAGUUUUUAUGACACCUGAAGUUGGUAAAGGAUGGGGUCUUCGAACCCUACAAGACCUUCCAAAGGGUACUUUUGUUUGUGAAUAUGUUGGUGAGAUAUUAACAAACGCUGAGUUAUACGAGCGAGUGUUGGCCAAGAAAGAUGGUGAAGUGCAUACCUAUCCUGUUCUACUUGACGCUGAUUGGGGCUCAGAAGGUGUCUUAAAAGAUGAAGAAGCUCUAUGCUUGGAUGCUACUUAUUAUGGAAACAUUGCAAGGUUUAUUAAUCAUAGGUGUUUUGAUUCCAAUUUGCUUGAAAUACCAGUGGAGGUGGAGACUCCAGAUCAUCAUUAUUAUCAUCUUGCAUUUUUUACCUCAAGAGAAGUGAAAGCAAUGGAAGAAUUAAAUUGGGAUUAUGGGAUUGACUUUGAUGACCACGAGCAUCCGGUCAAGGCCUUUAAUUGUCGUUGUGGCAGCAAAUCUUGUCGGAAUAUCAAACCUAAGAGAAGUAAGUUUUAUAUUUUAUUUGGACCAUCACCAAAGCAAAGGAAUAAUGACUCCAAAUUCAAGAGUGAAGACAACUAUAGAGUACUCGCAGAUGAUAUAAUUGAGCGAGAUGAAACGCUGAAAGACGAUAGACCUAUGGUUAAGAAGUCGUGUCUAAAGAAGGAAGAAACAAAUGAUGUCUUGUUCUGUACUAAUAAUUUUCCACGAAACAACCAUGGAAAUGUUUCAGAAAGUAUAGAGAAAAGACAUGACAUUUCAAAAGGGCAAGAAGCAGUUCUCAUUACACUAGAAAACGAGAUUAACAAUGAACCUCCUCCAACAUUUCAUUAUAUUUCGAAGAAUGUGAUAAAUGACAAAGCUUAUGUAAAUUUUUCAUUGGCCCGAAUUGAUGAUAAUAGUAAUAACUGUGCAACUUGUCACGGUAACUGUGUAUCGUCUUUUCCACCAUGUGAAUGUGCCGGAUGGAAUUGUAAAAGAGGACUUUAUAGACCAAUGGAUCGCUAUGGAUCACUUUCCAGAAAAGCACAACAAGUUUUACUUUAA